GAAACCAUGUAGUUGAAAGAGAAGAGAGGGAGAAGAAGGAAGAGUGAGAGGGAAAGAGCUGUGUUUUUGUUGUUGCUGAACAACAUGUGUCUCAGUGCCCUGCUACUCAUCUGUUUCUCCCAGGCAGAGUUGGGGAGAGUUUGGGCUCAGCAACAAACAGAGAUGCGGUAUCAUGUGAAUGGACAUGAGAAGCCAUCACACAUGACCCCCAGAGAGCCGUGGCUGGGUGACGCCAGGGUGGCCAGGGAAGUACUGGGAGGAGGACUGACCAUUGACACCCUACCAGACAACAUGACACACUUAGUGGAGGACGCUGGUAGGUAUUACUCAUGGCGUAGUUUUGGCCCUGAUGACCAGCGCACAGAUGAACUCUGGGUAGAUCUAAACGACCUAGAGUAUGGCCAAGUCAGAAUGCAUGGCAUUUUGUCCAACACACACAGACAGGCUGCGGUGAGUCAUACACACAGAUACACACGUGCACGCACGCGCACACGCAUUUCAAUUCCCUCCCUCUCUCUCUCCCUCGUAUUCCAGAAGGUCGCCCUGUCAUUUGACUUCCCCUUCUACGGACAUUACUUGAGGCAGAUUACCAUAGCAACAGGAGGGUUCAUUUUCAUGGGAGAGGUCACACACCGCAUGCUGACAACAACACAGUACAUCGCCCCCCUCAUGGCCAACUUUGACCCCAGCUUCUCCAAGGAGUCUAUUGUGCAGUACCUGGACAAUGGUGAGGUGUUUGUGGUGCAGUGGGAGCGGGUGAGACUCCAUGGGAGGGAAGCUGAGGGGGCAUACACCUUCCAGGCUGCCCUGCACCUCACAGGGACCAUCACCUUCAGCUACAGAGAUAUACCUUUGCCAGUGGAGGUGAUAAGUUCUGCUGAGCACCAAGUGAAGGCAGGGUUGUCAGAUGCAUUCAUGGUAAACCUGCCAUCCCCUCAAUCCUCAGAUGCCCAACGUCGGCUCUACGAGUACCAUCGGGUGGACAUCGAUACAACUAAGAUCACCAACAACUCUGCCUUUGAGUUCACUGCAUUGCCUACCUGUCUGCAGCAUGACAGCUGUGAACUCUGCCUCUCGUCCAACCUAACCUCUGGCUGUACCUGGUGCAACGUCCUCCAGAGGUGCUCAGACGGAAUGGACAGACACAGGCAGGAGUGGCUGGACUACGCCUGUUCAGAACAGGCCAAAGAUGUUACGUGUGAGGAUUAUUCCAUGGGGAGACCAGACAGCUCCAUUGACCCUUCAGUUCCCCCAGACUCUGAGGUCACCACUCCCUUGGGGCCCCUACUAGAAGGCCCUGCCACGGAGAACGUGAAGACAGGCCCCCCGAGACAACACGACGGGUCAGCUCACACAGGAGUUAUAGCAGGUGUAGUAGCUGCAUUGGUGCUACUGCUGGCUCUGACACUGCUGGCUCUUUACGUCAACUCUCAUCCUUCUGCUGCUUCACCCCUCUACUUCUUACAGCGACGCAACAGCUACUGGCCAUCCAUGAAGUUCAGGAAGCAGGGAUUCCACUCCAGCUACGCAGAGGUGGAGGUCGAAGGUCAUGAGAAGGAGGGCAUCAUGGAAGCUGGCCAGUGCUGACCGGACUGAGGAGCAACUGGAUGAUGAGGAGAUAAAAAUGAGUUUGUAGGAGAGGAAGGAGUGAGCUUAGAGCUACACACACAUCCCUUACUCCAUUACACAAAUAAUGUUUUUCUGUUCAUUCAUUUUUCAAUAAUCACCUCAAUAUAGUCCCUGUCUUUGUUGGCUAAAAAGUGGGUGGCAUUUUAUAUAAUUUUUGGUGGACAAAGUCUCCUACUUUUCUUUUAGACAUCCGCGACUCAGGUUUUAGGGAAAGGGACAAAUGAGAAGAGGCCACUUUUAGGCUUUGCUAGAAUUUCUUUGUUCAGUAUGGGUGUGGAUGAGAUCCAAGUUUCUCAGCAGGUACGGAUUGCUGUCUCACCAUUUACCACACACCUCCAUGGGAUGUGUAACUGGAAUAAACUGUGGUACAUUAUGACUAUCAGCAUCCAUGGAAAAAACACUAUGAAGGAUUCUGUAUCCCUGCACUUCCAGGACAAGAACGAAGACCGGUUGUGGAUGUUCUUCAAUGAUCAACUCUCCAACUUUUUAUUAUUAUUGUAUAGUUAAUGUUUGAAUGCCAAGAGUGUGCAAAACUGCCAUCAAGGCAAAAGGUGGCUACUUUGAAGAAUCUCAAAUCUAAAAUAUGUUUUGAUUUGUUUAACACUUUUUUUGGUUACUACAUGAUUCCAUAUGUGUUAUUUCAUAGUUUUGAUGUCUUCACUAUUAUUCUACAAUGUAGAAAAUAGUACAAGUAAAGAAAAACUGUUGAAUGAGUUGGCGUGUCCAAACUUGUGACUGGUACUGUAUAUGCCAAGAAUGUAUUUCAAAAAUUGCAAUUCAAUGACUUCAAAACGGCAGAGUGCUCUUCAUACAAGACUUUGACCGUAUAAAUUAAACCCAGAUUGAGGAUCAUGUUUUGAAAUACAGUACUUUCAAGUAAUAAAGGCAUUUGAAUGAAUAA